GCACCGUGGACACCAGCAGACCAGUCACCUUUGGCUAGUCUUCCGAGUCUAGCCCUUCUUCAAAAUCAGGCCCCUAAAAAGGAGAUGAAUGACUGGCUGCGUACAGGAUGUUCGCUGCACCCCGACUCUCUCUGGCGUUCCCCGGACGGCCGCCUGGUAGCGCCUAGAGAGCUUUUACCCCAUCUUGCCCGUUUAACCCACUCCGUGGCCCAUACGAGCAAGGGGGGAAUGAUUGCCACAAUAAAAAGAAAUUGGUUUGCCCCAAAUUUUCCUUCAAUAGCACAACAAUACUGCAGCUCCUGUCAGAUUUGUUUAGCUCACAACAUUGGGCAACGGAUAAAAACGACACCCGCAGCCCAUCCCCCUCCUUGGGGACCUUUUGUAAAUCUACAAAUUGAUUUUGUGCAGCUACCCAAGUGCUGUUCUUAUGAGUAUAUUCUUGUUAUUAUUGAUAUGUUCUCUAGAUGGAUAAAAGCCUAUCCAUGUAUACAUGCUGAUUCUAUCACAGUAACAAAAAAAACUGCUAAAGGAAUUUAUCCCUAGCUUCGGGUUGCCCCUCGCAAUAGAUAGUGACCGCGGCACCCAUUUCACAGGACAGAUAAUAAAAAACAUCUGUCAAGAGCUCAACAUACAGCAGCACCUACAUUGCAGUUAUCACCCGCAAUCCAGUGGUGCUAUAAAACGCAAAAACUCUGAUUUAAAGACACGCAUUUCAAAGAUUUGUGCCGAAACGGGUCUUAAAUGGCCUGAUGCGUUGCCUAUUGCCCUCAUGCAUAUUAGAAACACUAUUAACAGAAGGCAUGGCCUGACACCUUAUGAGAUACUAAUGGCUCGACCCAUGAGGAUGCCUGCCACACCACCUGUCGCCUCACACCAGCUUGACUUACAACUUACUGAUGAGACUAUAUUAAAUUAUUAUAAAACUCUAAUCAAAUCUUCUGUUAGAUCUCUUCACUCACAGGCCCGAAAAGCCUUACCAUGCCCUCCAGAAGCCCCGUCACAAUCUUAAACCAGGGGAUUGGGUCUACGUAAAGGUGUAUCAACGAAAAAACGCUCUUCAGCCUCGGUGGAAGGGACCUUUUCAAGUUCUUUUGACAACCAAUACUGCUGUUUGCUGUCAAGGACAUCAAACCUGGACCCACACUUCACAGUGCAAAAGGGUAUCACCCCCAUUAAACCCUGACGCAACAGCCUUUCAACCAGGAGUAAAAACUCUCCCUGAGGCCAAGGACAAAAAACCUCAGGACCUCACUCAAGCGAGUGUGGAGCACCUGGAUUCUUCAGCUAUUCGACUGCCUGCUAUUGCCACAAAAGACUCAUCAUCACCAGUUGAGGAAAAUGCACCACAGCAACACCGCUACGCCCUUUGAGAAAGGAAGAAGGUCUCCACCUAGUUCCUGGCUCCCACCGUGGGGCUGGUUGUUUAUGACUUGGGUGUUCCUCAGUCUUUUCCUUUUCAUUAUUCUAUAUACCUUAAGGCACCCACCGCCGGCAGAAGACCCAAAAAAUCAAACAGAACUUUCUUUAAAGUCAAAAAGAACUCUUCCCCACUGGUAUCACCACCACAACACUUUUCUUCACCUAUCUUACCAAUAUGCAAAGAACUUAAAUCUCUCUAAAUGUUAGGUAUGCUCUCAUUCACCCCUUAUUACAGCACUGGGAAUACCAGUGACUGCUAUUCCCCUUAACUGGACUGACUUUUGUGAUAUGUUUGAUCCAAAACACCAGGAAAAUAAGUGCCGGGGAUUCUGGACCAAUUACACCUUUGCUAAACGUCCUCCUCCCUCUUCCGAUCCUGCCACAUUUCCAUAUAUUAUCCAAAUAGCCAAGCCCAUUCCUGGCUUCUUGUGUUAUAAGUAUAAUGGUGCAAACAAGGUAAGCUUCAAUACUUAUAAUUACACUAUUGACUGUACCUCAACGAAUGCUAGUAUCCAUUUUAAAAUCAAGGAACAUAAAAAUAUAUCUUUUAAUUGCUUGGCUAGUGCACCAACCAUUGUUUUAAAUAAGACCCAUGCACAGCACAGAAAAUGGAUAGCAUAUAAUGGGACCUAUUAUAUUUGUGAAAAUUGUGCAUAUUUUUGGUUGCCUGGCCACUGGUCCGGGUCGUGUUAUCUUGGUUACAUUACACCAGCUAUUCGACAUUUGUCUCUCCCUCCUUCCAAAUCUAUAUGCACUGCCAGGGAAAAAAGGGAAAUCACUGAGGAUGAACGAUUUGGUGCUAUAAUGUUUCCCAUAUAUGGUAUAGGCAGGACAAUUCAAAAAAUUAGACUGUUGGCUAAUAUACUAAAACAAGUAAAUAACGAUACCGCAGAAUCCUUAGACCACUUGACCCAGGAGAUGAUAGCCUUACGGACCAUGGUGCUACAAAACCGAAUAGCACUAGACUUUACCUUGGCCAGUAAAGGCGGCAUCUGUGCAUUAAUAGGAAAAGAAUGCUAUACUUAUAUUCCAGAUAAGUCAGAAGAAAUACAUGAUUUGGUCGAUCAUAUACGUAAAACCACGACCAAGCUCCACGAGUCUAAUACUUGGAGCUUUAGUUCAUGGUUUGGUUCUCUAUUCGGGUCACUAAGAUCUACUGUUAUUCAUGGACUCUUAAUACUUUUUGUUAUAAUCCUUUUAAUUUGCAUAAUAUACCUCUGCUUCCGCUGCUGUCUUUUCUGCCUGUCUCAGCCAAGCCCUGCAAUACAUAAUGUUAUGACGCUGCAAAUGAUACAACAGGAGCAGGAAAGUAGGCCUACGGAAGAUAAAUACAAAAAAUUGCAGGACUUUUUUUGGGAUCUUAUAAAUAUAAGAGCAUAAAAAUUGGUGAGACUUUUAUAGUCUCAAAGGGGGAAGGUGUGGGGGAAAAAUACAAGUGUGGAGGAAAAAUACAAAAGAGGAAGAAUGUUUAGUACAGUCAACGGUCAAAGGAAGCGGCAAGAUUGCCUCAGACUAUAAGGCAUGGGAAGGUAACGGGUUUUUGCUAAACUUGCUGUUUUAAUACUGAUGCUGUAAUUACUAUUUUUGAUCUUAAAGCUAUAAAUUCUUUAGGCAGACCCUAUACCAUGAUUGGUUAUAAAAGAUGAUCUCAUGCAAUUAAAAUGUAUAAAUACUUUCGCAUUUUCUGUAUUAGUGGGGAAGUAGGAAGAAAUUCUCUUCCCCCCUACAGCUGUAGCUCAAUAAAAGCUUCUGCUGACCUGCUUCA